CUCAAUUACAGCCGGGAAGGUGUAUACUUCAGUAAGAUCUAUUAAAGGAGGAUCUUGGGAAUUGUAGUCUUUGAAAGCACCUGGAAACUAAGAGAAUUGUGGAGACAAACUACAGUCCCAGGAAGCUUUGGGCAGAACUGGAAAAGGCAGCCACUUCCUGAAAAUCCGAGAGAUCGAAGAUGGAUUCGGUAUUUUAAUUGGAACUGAAGAAAGUUAGAUAACAGUGUACAAGUAAGUGUCUUACCAUAUAGCAAUAUUUUUUCUUAGCUUUGUUAUUCAUAUACUUUAUAGAACUGAUUGGGGGCUGAAUGAGGUAUGCAUACCCUGUGUCAUGUCUAUUUUGGUUCCAUACUCUGAUUUGAGAUAUAUUAUGUUGAAAACAUUGUGUGUAUUUUUAUGCUCUUUCAAUGAUUUUGAAUACUUCACAAUACUUAGAAUUAUGAAUGACUGUUGGGAUUUGGGGGGGCAGAUGAUCAUUUUAAGGACCACAGUAGGUACAUGAAGCUAUAGAAAAGCUUAAUGAAAAUAAUUGAUUUUCAGUAUGUUAAGAUACUUGUUUCAUGUGUUAAAGAGUGGCAACUGCAUUUUACUAUAUUUAGGGACUGAAUGUCUAUGCAAUGCUUUAUAUACUUGGCAUUGGAUUCUCUGUAUGGACACAUUUCUACAAUAUAGUUAUGGGUAUCCACACCAUUCUUGCAACUGGAAAUUAAGAAAAAGUAUGUCUUACUGAGACAUUUGAAUUUGCUGCUUGCAAAUAAUACAAACUCAUUUUUGAAUCUGCCUUCAACAUAAUGUUGAGGAGCAUGAGCAGAAUAAAGUGUUCACCUAAAAUAUUGCCUUUGAGAAAAUACUGUCUUGGAGAAAGGUAAUGAAGGAUAUAUUGAUGCUACUUAUUCUUAUAGAUUUAGCAUCUAUAUUAGAUAUUUUGCCUGAAGACACAAAUUUGUUUAAAAUAUGUUUUCUUUAUGUAAGGAAUUGGUGGUAGUCAGUUUCAUUCAUUUUAGCACUUGCAGGAUAAAUUGAAGAGUGUAGCAUCUUAGUUUCAGUUCGUAUUCUGUACCACAGAUAUAUAAAAAUGUGAGUGAAACAAUUGAGAGGAAAGUGUUUUCAAGUCAUCUGAUCCAAAAUUAUGUUACACAGUGAUUCACCAACUUAUCGCGAAUGCUAAAAAUGACUGUGACAGCUCUCCUUCAGUGUAAUAUUUAAGUUAUGUUUAGUUUAAGUGCACAACUCCAGGACAGCUGUGCAUCUAGAUAGAGCAAUAUUAUAAAUUGGAAAUUUCCUAUUUAUCUAUUUAUCUAUUAUCUAUCUAUGUAUCUAUUAAAAAUAGUAAAGGGCCAGGCAUUUCAAAAAGAAGUUUGCCAAUGCAACAGAUUAAUGAAAAGAAAACUUAAGAAACAAAAAUGUCUGAAAUUAAAUAUUUUGCUGAGGUGUGGGUACUUUUUAAAAUGGAAUUGAAGUAUUUUAGAGUUGCUAUGGUUAACUGCACUCUUUUGCAUUCAUGCAGAACAAAGAUUCCAGGGUGAGUUUGGGCAUCAUUCUAAGCUGCUGUUUUUCUGUAUGUUUAACUGUCAUGCAAAUGCGAGGAGCAAAAUGCAAGUGAAUGGCCUAAGUAGCCAUUGACUUACAGCUUGGCGAUUGUUUGAAGCUACGACAGACCAUCCAAAGGAACCUUUUUCACCCAUUGCAAUGGGCUGUCGGGACGUUCAUGCUGCGACGGUCCUAGCCUUCCUCUCUGGAACAGCUGCUUUAUCGGGACUCAUUGCUGCCGCACUGCUUCCAAACUGGAGACAAAUACGACUCUACACCUUUAACAAAAAUGAAAAGAACGUGACCGUUUACACUGGGCUGUGGAUUAAGUGUGUUCGCUUUGAUGGGAGCAAAGACUGUGUCAUUUAUGACACCAAGUGGUACAAAACAGUCGACCAGCUAGAUUUGCGUGUCCUCCAGUUGGCUCUUCCCAUUAGCAUGUUGACCACUGUCUUGGCCCUUUUUCUCUGUUUAAUUGGCAUGUGUAACACAGCCUUUGUAUCCACCGUGCCCAACAUCAAGCAGGUCAGAUGCCUCAUCAAUAGUGCAGGCUGCCAUCUUGUGGCCAGCCUUUUCUUUCUUCUUGCUUGCGUCAUUUGCCUGAUACCGUCAGUCUGGGUCAUCUUUUAUAAUAGAGAGCUGAAUCAAAAAUAUGAGCCUGUUUUCACCUUUGACAUUUCUGUUUACAUUGCUAUUGCCAGUGCAGGUGGCUUAUUAUUUACAGCUAUUCUCUUAUGCCUCUGGUACUGUGCAUGCAAGACCCUACCUUCCCCUUUCUGGCAGCCUCUAUAUUCUCAUGCCCCUAGUGUGCACAGCUAUGCUUCCCAGCCAUAUGCUGCGCGAUCACGGCACUCUGCCAUUGAAAUUGACAUCCCUGUGGUGACGUGUGCUUCUUAAAAGAAUGGGUCAAGAAAGCCAAGCAUCCCUUUGCGUAUUCUCCCCCAUUUACAAGUUAAGUGCUUUCCCACAGCUUAGAAACUUCUGCAACUAUAUCAAGGGUGUGUGUAGUUUGGUGACUUUUACUUCCAUUACUUAGAUUGAUAGAAAAUGGGAAUGAGCAGGCUGAAAUACUAGAAGCGACUGCAAAUUUUUAAGGGCCUCUGAAACCAGCAGUUUUUGUAAAUUUAUAAACAACAAACUUUAGUAGUAUCCUCUUACUUUUACAGAACUCAAGUUUCUUCCAUAAAACAUAGUACAGAAAAAUGCUAUUGCGCUGUUUGUCUUCCAGUAUGUGAAACAGUUAAGUACAGAGAGUCCACAGCUUACAACUGUUUGUUUAACAAUGGUUCAAAGUUACAAUGGCCAGAAAAAAAAUAAUUUACAACCUGUGCUUAAUGUCUGGCACACCACCCUUGUGGUCAUGUGAUCACAAUUUGGGUUCUUGGCUAUCAGCUUGCAUUUACGACUGGCUGCUGCAUCCUGCAGGCAUGGGAAUCACAAUUUUUUAUCUUCCCAGCUGAUUUCAAUUAAAAGUGUCCAUUGGGCAUGGUGGAUCUGCUUAUUGAUCACAUGAAUUACUUAACUGUGGUGAUUCACUUAAGCAUUGGUGAAAAUGGUGUAAAAUCAAUCUGGUCACAUUUUAUAACUGCA